GCUUCCGGUCAUCUGAACUGUCAUGGACGCGCCCAUGUUCUGUUUUCCGAGCGUGUGCGCGGAAGGUUGCAUUUGAGGUAAUCUUGACGCUAUUCCAAACGUGCAGAAGUAUUUCUCUUGUAUAUACGCAUUCCUACGUCGGGGCUGACUGGACUAAAGCAACGCAUCUCUCAAACCCACGAUGAGGCUCACGGCGGUUCUGUGCAAGCAAAGCGAAAGAUGGAUCAGAAAGGAAUUGUGGAAGAACAGGAAAACGCUGCGCAAGGUUGGGAAGUACAGCACGCCGAGCGUUCUGCUCGAGAAGGGAGUCGCGAUACACGACGCCUUGGACGUGGCUGACGACAGAGAGCGCCUAGAGCCAUUUGAGCUUCCGGAGCCGCAUUGUGUUCCAGACCACCAGCGCAAUGACAGCCGAAAUCCAGACUGGCAUGACAAAGCAGCGUAUGUCCUGCACAAUAAAACAAGGCUCCUCGAAGGAGACCGUCACAUGUGCCUGCUCACGAAGACCCUCCGCUAUGAGGGCCUCCCGGUGUCCCUCUCGACGGCGGUAGAGCGCGGACCCCUGACGGAGGAGCAGGCCAGGGCUGCCGAGGAGGCCCUGCUUCACGCCCACCUGUGGGACUGCACCCAGGUCAAGCUGCCCAAGAAGCUGGACAUCAGCAAGCCCCACUGGGUCUUCCCCAGGGAGUAUGGCGUGCCCGUCCGCCGCAAGGUGCCGGUGGUGCUCGCCAACUUCAACCGGCUCUGCGAGAAAAUGACGAGCUCCAUACCUGGGGUGCUGGAGCGCAGCCUGUUCAGGGACAUUGAAGCUAGAGCCUGUGUGCACAAGGCAGAUGGGAACUUGCUGGUGUUCACUGCCCAUGUGGAUAGCGUGCUGACCUCGAAGGAGCCCCUAGGACCCUUCAGUUCUCCAGAGGAAGUGAAAGCGACUGCAGAUACCGAGCUCCCUGACCUCUAUCCUGCCAAGUACACUUUGGAGCUGGAGUCGAGGAAUAUCUACAAGAUGGACGAAUUAUACCCAAUGCCACGGACGUCGGGCAACCAGCACCCGCACACGUUGCACGUAACCCACCCCUACGACUACUUCUGGUUCCCCCAGCAGAAGCUGGCCAGGGCCAUCCUCGCGUGCUUCACCUUUGCCGCCGCACGUGCAAGGCAGCUCUAUGGGGCAGACACGGUGACCCCUCCUGAGCCUGUGGCGGUGCAGUGUACGUUCAGUGAUGUCAAGUCUUUCGGGUUCCUGGCGUACCAGCUGAACACCCUAGACCUUCGGGAGGACAACGGCAUCAAGAACCAGGUCUGGGUGGACGGGCCCCACGACCUCUACGAGAGCUGCAACCACGAGACGGGCCUCGAGGGGUUCAGUCCCGUCGCCUUCCAACGGUUUUUGGCUCUUUACAAGAACGGCCUUGCUGCGUAGGGCAGUGCAGUUUCUCUUGUAGCAUAGACUCCUUGCAGUCUUAGCUAAGCUAAAUAAAGUUGUUUCAUUGCA